AUUAGUUAACCAGUAGCAGCAUAGCCUUGUGUUUCCCAAACUCAACUGUCAACUGAUGUAUCUUGACUACGGAUUUAGUCCGCUAACUACAUAUUAGAGCUCUUCAUGGGUCCAUCCGAACACGAUUACCCGGUCCGGGUCCAAAAUUCAAACUUGUGCAGUGUGGAGAAAACUACUCUCAGAAUGACUGAUCCCAUGCUUGACCAGAUGACCAGACUCAAACUCAGGCUGCUGGAGAAGAGACUGGAGAAUGAGAGGGACAACAAGGACGGCAGAGCAGAAUCUGCCCUAUCCACCAGGAGUUUUGAUGGACAGGUGGAUGCGCUGCACAGUGUGCUUAGACGAAAAAAGGACCUGCUGCAAAGACUGAGGGAGCAGCACAUGUUGGAGGACCUGAGCAGACCUCACACCUGGGGUGGGACAGGGAGACGGUACCGCCCAGACCUCCUCCCUCCUCCUGUCCCUCUGCCUCCUACUCCGGCCCCCAUCCAUAUCUACCAGCCUGCCCUUGCAGCCCCCGCUCCACCCCCACCACAGCCCCCACGCAUCAUCCAGCAAAUGUUGCCCCAGCAGCCUACUACCUUCAUACAGCAGUUACCACAGCAACAGCCCCUCAUACAACAGAUACCCCCUCCUCAGCCUUACCCUGCACCACGGUCUGGGAGCAUCAAAGAAGACAUGGUGGAGCUGAUGUUGAUGCAGAAUGCUCAGAUGCAUCAGAUCAUAAUGCACAACAUGAUGCUGAAAGCAAUACCUCCCACGGCCCUGUCACCACCUAACCCAGGACAGGAUGUUGUUGUGAGGUCAGCGGUCAAACCAAGAGGAAACUCCGUCCACCACCAUCACUACGGCCCCCAGGCCCAAUUGCUACCUCCCAUUGGCUAUCCCAUGUGGCCCUCAAUGACGUCAUCGCUACCUGAAGGGCAGGGCGGGCCUCAUAUGCCGUCCGUGCAGCAUGUGACCGGCCCCAUCUCAUUGCCCCCACUCAACAUGUAUUAGCCUAGCCCUGAACAAUAUUCCCUAACCCCGAUCUUGAGAUAUUGUCUUCAUAUUUCAAAAUAUAUACAGAUAGAUGAUUGAUUGUAAAUGUAAAAUGUAUACAUUGAUAUUAUGUUUGAUAAGCAUCGUUUCAGUAUAGCCAAAUACACUGCUCAAAAAAAUAAAGGGAAC